AUGGAAGACCUUCCCCAAAAACUCUUUGAAGAAAUGCGGAAAGAGUACAAUCGAUCUUUAAAUGAAGCUGACAUAGAGGACAAAUCUGACCUAAAAAUUGCCUUCCCAGACCUUACUGUGUGAUUUUACAACAAAGACUGCCAGCAAGCUCUAUCUGAAGUCAAGCGCAUCUGGGAAAAAGUUACAAGCGACAAAUUUGGUAGUAAAUCAUUGUAAACGCUAAUAAGGAACCAAUUUCUCCAAAUUUUUUCUGAAACUCUUGUAAGGAGACACCAAAGGUACCUGAAGCUGCUAAAAGAAGCUCCUCUGACUGUAGUCUUAAUGUAGAAAAGAUUAUUAGACACUGCUUUAGGCGUCUAUAGGAACCUGACCCUCCCAUACCCUCAUUUGAAGGACCAAGAUAUAGAAACUCUAUUAAACCAUAAUAGCUUAUCAUUUUUAGAAAUAAAUGACGCCACUAGGCUGACGAGCGAAAACAUCGAAGAUUUGGUACCUGUUUAUAUGUUGGCGAGCUUUGCAGAAAUCACCGAUUUAAAGUCAGCGUUUGAAGAAGGCUUUGAAGGGUACUCGCUGAGGCUGAAUAUAGGAAACUCGUCAUCUGAAACUGAUGUAGUUGACAUUAGGGGAAAUAAAGCGAUUUGAGAUGCGGCUAUACAAUUGUAAGGGAUAUAUAGAGAAAGCGGGUUUAAAGACAAAGCUGCAGAAGUGGUGCUGUAUGAGCAUACCACGAGGCAGUUUAGGCCGCCAAAAACAGCAGUGGCGACUUGUUAUAUCGAUGUAUAUCAGUAUCUACUUCAAGCCAAUACUGAGCCUACAUCGGUUUUAGAAAUAAAAUCUUAUGAGUCUUCUUUUAAGGUAGAAGUUCCUCAAAAAUACAUGUUAAUGACUGUAGUAAAUGAUGAACUCUAUGAGUCCCCAAAGCUUGCAUUUUCUGUAUAUUUCAAUAAUUUUUAAAAAAAAAAUUAAAAUAAUUAAUUUAUUAGAAAAAAAAAUUAAAAAAAUAUUUCAAUAUAGCCCAGGAUAGCUUAUAGCUCUAUUAGUCAAUAGGCUAUCAGAAUAACUUUUGGAUACAAAAUAUUAUAAAGCAACUCCGAAAAGCUGGCAAACUAAAGCCAGACCUAUAAGCUGUCCUCAGCUAUAUAUUGAUGCCAGAGGACAAAAUUUAUGUCAUCACAAAAAGAAUCAAAUUAAUCGCCAACAAGCUUGCAGCGCUCAAAAAAGAAAUCGAAAGAACCAACAUAAAGCUUGUCCAACAGACUGCAGCAUUCCCUACUAUUCGGUAUGACGAGCAAAGGCUGUUUAUCUCCACAGAGCGGAAAAGCAACUAUGCAUGUUUUUCAAAAGCUUGUGCAAAGAAAAAUAAAAAACAAUGCGAGGUUAUGUAG